AUGGCGGAGGAACAUCCCGAACUCCAGUCCGCUCUGCGGGAACUGGAUAGGGAAUUUGAGGAGGGCGACAUUACAGAGAAGGGAUAUCAGAAACGCCGAACACUCCUUCUCUCGCAGUACCUUGGCUCGAAAGCUUUGGACUUCAAUGCGGCGAGCGCCGCCGAACCUGCCCAGUCGAUGACCAGUUCGGUCAGAUCACCACCAGCACUUCUCAGUAUACGGCCGCCUACUGCUGAUUCGGGCGGACCAGCUCAUUCUUUCACCGGCGGACAUGGAUCGCCUAGUAACGGAAGCUUCGGUUACGAGCAGCAUACUAGCAAUGAUGGAUUAUCGCCUUAUAACGGAGACGGCGCGAUGAUGUCUCACCAUGGUCGAAUGCCUUCUGCGUCGUCUUAUGAUUCUCUUUUCCUUCCAAAACCUGCGCCUCCCGUACAGCAAGACUCGAGGGCAGCUACCCUCCUAAGCCAGAAUUAUGCUUUCAAUCCUCCUGACCCCAACGACCAUUUUGAUGAAUCGGCCGGAGCCUACGAUAUACCUCCUCCUGAAGUGUCACGACAGUCAACAAUGUUGGAAUCACAACAAGGGUACUUCGAGGACUUUGCCGGGCAGCAGCAGGAGGAACUUAGAGAUAGUUACGGUGGUGGUUUUCAUCGAUACUCUCAGUCCGAUGCAUUUUCUCCAACCGCAAAUAUGGCACCGCCAUUAAUACCUGCCUCAGAACUUCCGCAAGGAGCUAUUGUCGAUCAUCUAUUACCCCUCGAGCCUCGCGAUAUUCCGUUUGCUGUGCAUGACCCGCAUGAUAAAAGUACGCCAAUGUCGAACUUUGACAAUAUUCCCACAGUUCUCAGGCACCGUGCCCGGACUUGCGGUAAACAGCCAGCAUACUGGGUCCUAGAUCAGAAAGGCAAGGAGAUUGCAUCUAUAACGUGGGAGAAGCUCGCAAGCCGUGCGGAAAAGGUCGCGCAGGUCAUCCGUGAUAAGAGCAAUCUUUACCGUGGAGACCGCGUUGCCCUGAUCUACCGAGAUUCCGAGAUCAUAGAGUUCGCUGUCGCGCUAUUAGGUUGUUUUAUCGCCGGAGUUGUUGCUGUGCCUAUAAACAGCCUAAAUGAUUAUCAGAGUCUAAACCUUGUCCUUACAUCGACUCAAGCACAUCUUGCAUUGACAACAGAAAACAACCUCAAAAGCUUCCAGAGGGACAUCACUACACAAAAGCUCAACUGGCCCAGAGGCGUUGAAUGGUGGAAAACGAACGAAUUCGGCAGUUGGCAUCCAAAGAAGAAAGACGACACGCCACCGCUUAUUGUCCCAGACCUGGCCUAUAUUGAGUUCUCGCGCGCCCCAACAGGAGACCUGCGCGGUGUAGUCAUGAGCCACCGAACAAUCAUGCAUCAGAUGGCUUGUCUGAGCGCGAUAUUCGCAACUGUACCGUCGUCUUCCAAACAACCAUCGCGCGGAGAAACCAUUAUUAGCUAUCUAGACCCUAGACAGGGAAUUGGUAUGAUUUUGGGUGUGCUCCUUACAGCAUACGGUGGCCAUACAACUGUUUGGCUGGAAGAUCGAGCGGUUGAAACGCCAGGUCUUUACGCCCACCUUGUCACCAAAUACAGAGCCACAAUCAUGGCUGCAGAUUACCCUGGGUUGAAGAUUACCGCCUACAACUAUCAGCAAGAUCCCAUGGCUACACGGCACUUCAAGAAGAAUUCGGAACCCAACUUUGCUAGCGUCAAACUCUGUCUGAUUGAUACACUCACCGUGGACGCCGAAUUUCAUGAGGUACUUGCAGACAGGUGGCUUCGACCUAUGAGAAAUCCAAGGGCCCGUGAGAUUGUCGCGCCAAUGCUAUGCUUGCCAGAACAUGGUGGGAUGGUGAUCAGCGUAAGGGAUUGGUUAGGAGGCGAAGAGCGGAUGGGCUGUCCUUUGACACACGAGAUGGACCCGAUUGAGGACCAGGAGGUUAAGAAGGAAGCAACAAACUCUGACAAGGCCGAAAAUAGUGGAUUUGGAAGCAGUCUGUUAGGCGGCGGUUCAUCGGCUCCAGCUCCUUCUGAACAGACAGGAAAGGUCGAGCUUGGAGAAGCGUUACUCGACAAAGAAGCUUUGAAGAACAAUGAGGUAGUGGUGCUAGCCAUGGGCGAGGAUGCCAGAAAAUAUGCAGGCACUAUGCCGAAUGCUGUCCGAGUUGGGGCAUUUGGAUAUCCUAUACCAGAUGCAACAUUAGCAAUUGUCGACCCGGAAACUAAUUUGUUGUGUACACCCAAUGUUAUCGGCGAAAUCUGGAUCGAUUCUCCCUCUCUUUCCGGUGGAUUCUGGGCGCUACCCAAACAUACCGAAGCUAUUUUCCACGCGCGGCCCUAUAAGUUUGAGGAGGCCAAUCCCACCCCUAUUCUGGUUGAGCCGGAAUUCCUCAGAACUGGCCUUCUCGGUUGCGUAAUUGAGGGCAAGAUUUUCGUGCUAGGUCUCUAUGAGGAUCGAAUCCGCCAAAAGGUCGAAUGGGUUGAACAUGGACAGCCGGCCGCAGAACAUCGCUACUUCUUCGUUCAACAUCUAGUGGUCAGCACUUUAAAAAACAUCCCCAAGAUACAUGACUGUACGGCUUUUGACGUGUUUGUCAACGAAGAACAUCUUCCGAUUGUCGUACUAGAGUCGUACGCAGCGUCGACGGCGCCGACGACCUCAGGGGGUCCUCCACGGCAGCUGGACUCAGCACUUCUUGAAUCUCUCGCGGAAAGAUGUAUGGAGGUUUUGUACCAGGAGCACCAUCUGAGGAUCUACUGCGUGAUGCUUACAGCGCCGAACACACUCCCGCGUGUUACUAAAAAUGGAAGACAGGAAAUCGGCAACAUGCUAUGCCGUAAGGAAUUUGACGCCGGGACCCUACCCUGUGUUCAUGUCAAAUUCGGCGUUGAACGCUCCGUAAUGAACCUUCCCAUUGGUGUUGAUCCGGUUGGGGGUAUCUGGUCACCUCUAGCCUUAGAAACUAGGCAAGCAAUGUUGGAGGUGCCAGAAAAACAAUACUCCGGAGUGGACUACCGUGAUGUCGUUAUGGACGAUCGCACCUCCACGCCUCUCAAUAACUUCACCUCUAUUGUCGAUCUACUGCAAUGGCGGGUAUCCCGACAAGCAGAGGAGCUAUCAUACUGUUCCAUUGACGGCCGUGGGAAGGAAGGAAAGGGCAUAACGUGGAAGAAGUUUGACCUCAAGGUUGCUGCCGUCGCAAUCUAUCUGCGGAACAAAGUCAAACUCCGUCCAGGCGACCAUGUGAUUCUGAUGUACACGCAUUCGGAAGACUAUGUCUAUGCCGUCCAUGCCUGCUUCUGUUUGGGCGUGGUGGUAAUUCCUCUUGCGCCUAUUGAUCAGAACCGGCUUUCGGAGGAUGCCCCUGCAUUCCUCCACGUCAUUAGUGAUUUCAACGUAAAGGCGAUCAUCGUUAAUAACGAUGUUGACCAUGUGAUGCGACAGAAACUUGUCUCGCAGCAUAUCAAGCAGUCUGCGCAGGUGCUCAGAAUCGGAGUGCCGGCCAUCUACAAUACCACCAAACCGUCAAAGCAGUCACACGGGUGUAAGGAACUUGGACUUACAAUGAAAGAGACGUGGCUGCAGGGAAACCAACCAGCUAUGGUCUGGACAUACUGGACCCCAGACCAACGUAGGAUCUCUGUCUCAAUUGGACAUGAUACAAUAUUGGGCAUGUGCAAGGUGCAGAAAGAGACGUGCCAGAUGACCAGUUCUCGACCUGUUCUAGGCAGUGUGCGAAGCACUCUGGGUCUUGGCUUUCUUCAUACCUGCUUGAUGGGCAUCUAUGUUGGAGCUCCGACGUAUCUGGUUUCGCCUGUUGAUUUUGCCCAAAAUCCAAUGACGUUAUUCCUUGCUCUCUCCAGGUACAAGAUUAAAGAUACAUACGCCACCAGCCAAAUGUUGGACUAUGCUAUCAGUGCGAUGCCCGGGAAAGGUUUCCAGCUUCAAGAGCUGAAGAACUUAAUGAUAUCUGCUGAAGGACGACCCCGCGUGGACAUCUACCAAAAAGUACGCCUGCACUUUGCCGGUGCUAACUUGGACCGGACGGCAAUCAACAUAGUUUAUUCGCAUGUCCUCAACCCCAUGAUUGUCACUAGGUCAUACAUGUGUAUUGAGCCUGUGGAGCUGUGGUUGGAUCUCCGUGCUUUGCGCCGUGGGCUCGUGGUGCCAGUGGACCCUGAUACAGACCCAACGGCACUCGCGUUGCAGGACUCAGGCAUGGUGCCAGUAAACACACAGAUUGCAAUAGUCAACCCGGAAACUUGCACCCUCUCUCAAGUCGGAGAAUACGGAGAGAUCUGGAUUCAGUCAGAUGCGUGUGCCAAAUCAUUCUAUGGUUCGAAGCAAGAUUUCGAUCUAGAGCGUUUUGAUGGCCGAAUCGAGGAUGGAGAUCCUAAUGUGUCUUUCGUGCGCACUGGCGAUCUGGGCUUCCUUCACACUGUUACAAGGCCUAUUGGACCUGGAGGCCAGCCGGUCGAGAUGCAAGUGCUGUUCGUACUUGGAGGCAUUGGAGAGACUUUCGAGGUCAACGGGUUGAACCACUUCCCUAUGGACAUUGAAAACUCUGUAGAAAAAUGCCACCGUAAUAUCGUGAAUGGUGGAUGUGCUGUUUUCCAAGCUGGCGGAAUGAUAGUGGUUGUUGUCGAAGUGACGAGAAAGGCUUAUCUAGCAUCUCUGGUUCCGGUCAUUGUGAACGCUAUCCUCAACGAACAUCAGGUUGUCGCUGACAUUGUAGCGUUCGUCUCGUACGGAGACUUUCCCCGCUCUCGACUAGGCGAGAAGCAGCGUGGGAAGGUGCUGGCAUCGUGGGUGACGAGGAAACUGCGGACGAUUGCACAAUUUAGCAUCCGCGAGACAGAAGACAGCAACUUCGGAAUUCCCCAGCACCGUAUGAGCAAGAGUUCCAAGGCCGGCAGCAUCAUGGGCCACAGCGCUCGGAGAUCUACGAUUGUGCCCGAGGAGCCUGUGCCUCGCUCUCCGGCUAUGCCUGCCGCUCCGCCUUUGUUGGAAAACCCAGCAGAGCCGUCACCAACGCUGGUGAACAGCUCCGCGGCGACCAUCCCCGAAGUGCCGCAGAUUGCAGAACCCCUAGCUCCGGUUCCGCCUCAGCCUCAGCCAUCAGCUGAACCAGGAACCCCUCCUACCAGUGAUGGCAACCAAUUCUCGGCGCAUGCACCGAGCAAUGAGGCAACGGGGGGGCACAGGCGUGAUUUCAGUUUCGACUUUGGAGACUUUGGUCAAUCAACCACAGCUCCAUCGCAGUCGGCUCUCCCCGCAGAGACUCUCCCCUACCGCCCCAGCCCAGGAUACUCCCUGAACCCAAACACCGGCGCCCCGGUCAUUGACUUCCCCCGGCGAAGUGAUUCAUACCAGCCCAGUGGCACGUCUGACGAACACGGAGACUGGCCACAGGAAGCACUAAUAUAUCAGUCUGCGUACGACGCAGAUGAUAGCCGCGGCCAAGGGGCCCGCAGGGACUUCCUGUAA